AUGGCUGAACUGUCAGUUCCAUUCAGUGGUCGUAUCAGAGGUGGCAUGAGGCCUGGAAAGGAGAUCAUUGUGAUGGGGAUAGUGAAUCCUGAGCCUGACAGCUUUGACAUCAGUUUGGCCUGUGGGUGUGGCACAGUAGAUGAGGCUCCUCCCACUGAUGUGGCAUUGGAGCUCUGUGCCAUGUUCGAGGACCUCCAGUUCCUACGCAAGGCCUGUGUUUCGGGAACCUGGGGCGACGCUGAGAAGCUCAUCCCCUACUUCCCCUUCAUCGAGGACCAACCUUUCCUGAUCGAGGUCCAUUGUGAACUACUGCGUUUCCGUGUAUUUGUGGAUGGACACCAGCUCUUUGAUUUUUACCACCGGGUGCAAUCCUUACUGGACAUUGACACAUUAAGGAUUAAUGGUAGUCUGACCAUUACCAAACUCGGAUAGAGGGAAGAAGGACUGUGUAGGAUGCACCUUACAGAAGUGGUGAUGGAACCUUGCCUGCCACAAUCCUCACACUUAGCAACAAUGUGGACAUUGGCUUGAAAGCAAUGUCUUAGCCUCUUUGAGCCUUAGCUGACAAAAUCGAUUGCAAUGCAAUGUUCUGUCUUUGGAUUUACUAUAGGAUGUAGCCUACCUAUUUCUGUUAGUUGUGAUUUAUUUUUUGUUUCAUGGUAUUGAGUGCUGUUGGUUUGAGAUGGUCAUGAAAUAAAAAAGCUUCCAGGGUAAAAAGAAAACUUUAAAAGAUCAGAGAUCUUGAGCAAAACAUUUUUGGUGUUAAUGAAAGCUCUCAGGAGGAAUUACAUACUGCUCUGAACAUGAGGAUGAAAAUGACAUUUAAAUAAAGGACAUAGUGUGUCCUUUAUUUUAUAACAUUUUGAUUAUAUUGAUUAACUAAUAUUGAUUAACUUAUAAUUACAAUAUACUACAUAUUUCAGUAUAAUAUAAUAUUUAAGUGUAAUUGGAAAUUAAUAAUUGAGUGAUUAUGAAGUAAUUAAUAACUCUGUGGAGUAUUGUGCUUACACAGUGACUUUUCAGCUCUGCAAUAAUUAAAUUACAUUUCUUUUGAAUCAUGGCAUAUUACAAUAAUUUCAUGAACUAUGCCAGUAGAUUAUAUUGCAGGGGCACAGGUUAUUAUUAAAGAGUAGAAUGGUGAUUUUCUAUUCCCUCGCCUUGAUGCUUGACAAUGUCUGUGUAUCUUGAGAAGCUCUUUCAGUGGCCUAUUCAUUUUCAAUUAAAAUAUUUGAA